AUGCUGUUACAACCUACUCCCAAUGGAAGCAGUGAUAGAAUAUAUUGUCCCGAAUCUACUUCAACAUUAGCGCUGGCUGAAAAUGAAUCCAGAUCUAUCAAUCGCAUGUCAAGUUCAAGUAUUGUGGGAAGCCAAGAGUGUUAUAGUGAAAGUUAUGUAGACGCUGAUGACGAGUGGAUCUUCAGUUCGUUAUAUUUAUACAACACGUUAUGGAUAGAAUAUUCGGAAAUCAAAAAUAGCUACAUUUACGGAAAGAGUCCGGGGGAUUCAAGUUUGAUAAGCAUAGACAAACUACAGGAGAAAACAGAUCAUAAUGAUCCUCUGAAACAAGUAAGAGUGAGAAUUUGUUCAAAACAAAUCAUCCAGUUCUUGUCAGAGCUAAACAAGAACUAUGAAGCUGAAAUAUUCUUCGAACAAUCACACUCAUUUAACGACAACAGAGCAUGGGUCAUGUGCAAAAAGCUAUGUGUCGACGAAUGGAUGGUUAGUUUGGCACCAAUUAAAAAUAAAAGUAUGAAGCAGAUAUUGGCUACCAUGGCUCGAUUACAUUUUGAGUCAGCAUUAUACAUUGAUUUCUUCGUCUCCACAAGUAGAGUAAUGCAAAUGAAGUCAUACAUCUGUAAGAAUGCCCCAAAUCUAUCAUGUUUGUAUGAAUCUACUUUCAACGGUGAUGUGAUUCGCAUUCACCCCAAUUAUUCGUCUAACUCCAAACUCCCCACAGAAAACGACACCUUUGAAUCCAUUAGUGAACUCUUGGAUGUCAUGGAUUCAAACUAUAAUGAUAUCAUCAUCCACAACCCCCUCUACGAAUUUCCCCUGUGUCCCAGAUCCAUUGUCAGCCUUACUACCACUCUCCGCAAAAAAAUAAAGGUUUGCGAAAUACCCCAACCCACAGAUAUCAUCCGCAAAGUCCUUCUGCUAAAAAAGCAUGAAGUAAGCUUCCUAAUGGGUUUUCAGGGCACUAGAAUCAAUAGUAUCAGAAAAUCGUCUGCUUGUGUCGUCAAGGUCUUACCAUAUUCAACUACAAUGGAUGCAACAUUUAUUCCUUUAAAAAAUACACCACAAGACCUAGUGAUUUGCGGCACACCUGCAAACGUUCAAUAUAGUAUAAAUCUCAUCCAAAACUAUCUCAUGGACUACAGGGACAGUAAUUCCUGUCCAUAG